AGGAAGGUGCCGCGGCCCCUCCCCGCUGCCGUGGAGCAGCAGCGGCGGCGGCCCCGCUUCCCCCGCGGGACUGCGCGGGGGACACGGUCCCGCCCCGGGGGCGGUCGGGGGCGGCCGGCCCGUCCCCUUUAAGCGGCGCGGCGGAGGGUCCCGCCCGCUCAUUUCCGAGCACGCAGGAAGUGCAGGCGGGCUCCGCGCCGGCCCGCGCGGUUCUGUCUUCAUUUUGCUGACUCAAACCACAGAUUCCAAGGAAAGGAGGGGAAGUGGAAGAAAAUACUCAAGUGCCAGAGGAAAAGCAAGACUAGCCAAUGAAAAUUAUUAUUACUAAACUGUAGAAUUCUCUCACACAUAGUGGGGGGAAAAAUUGCUGUCUGUUCAAAGCUUACAAAAUUACUUUUGCAGAUUUCCUUUACAAAACUUCAAAUAAGCUAGGCCACUUCAACUAGGGCUGAAUUAGGAAAUGGAAAUAUGAUUCCUUGCUGGUGUCUUCAGUCUUCCUCUGCCUUUGCAGGUUCUUUUUGUUUGGGGUAGGAAAUCCUGAACAAAUUGUAUGGCGUCAGCCAGACUUACGGUUGAUGGUUAUGGAUGACACAGGAACUUCAGAUUUACGUCUCUGCAAUGACACCUGAUUAAGGCAAAGCUUGAAAACUGCUCAUCUGCUAUGUUACCAGAACUUGUAGUAGCUAUUACAGUUGUGAUUUCUCUCUAAGAUUUGAAGUCUGGGGUGAUGUCCCCUGGAAAGCAAGAGCAGAUAAGUAAUCUUUUAGGAUUGGAAGCAGAAAUAAUAUGAGAAUGCCCAGAAGAGGCUUAGUAAUUCAAGCCAGGACUCGUUGGCUAUUGGUGGGCCUUGCUUUGCUGUUCAGUUUAGUCUUGCUCAUGUAUUUGCUGGAGUGUGCUCCACAAACAGAUGGCAAUGGAUCUCUGCCUGGUGUUGUAGGUGAAAGCAUGGGUAAGGAGUACUAUCAAGCUCUCUUGCAGGAACAAGAAGAGCAUUAUCAAAACCGAGCUACCAGUCUGAAACGUCAGAUUGCCCAGCUAAAGCAAGAGCUUCAGGAAAUGAGUGACAAAUUGAAGUCCCUGCAGGAAAAAAAGAGCCCGAAGAUCAAUGGUAUGAACUACCAGGGCACCAAAGAACAAACAUCCAAUGAUCUCCUAGAGUUUCUUCAUUCCCAGAUUGACAAAGCUGAGGUGAGCGUGGGGGCCAAACUGCCUAGCGAGUAUGGAGUCAUUCCUUUUGAAAGCUUUACAUCCAUGAAAGUAUUCCAGCUGGAGAUGGGGCUCACUCGGCAUCCAGAAGAGAAACCUGUUAGAAAGGAUAAACGAGAUGAACUGGUGGAAGUUAUCGAGGCUGGCCUAGAAGUUAUCAAUAAUCCAGAUGAAGAAGAUGGACAAGAUGAAGAUGAUGGAGUAGGAGACAGGCAGCUGUAUAGUGAAAAUGAUUUUAUAGAAGGUUACUAUCGUACAGAAAGAGAUAAGGGGACACAGUAUGAGCUGUUUUAUAAGAAGAUGGAUGGCAUGGAGUACAGGCAUGUCACCUUGUUCCGACCUUUUGGACCCCUCAUGAAAGUGAAGAGUGAAACAGUCGAUAUUUCUAGAUCGAUCAUUAACGUUAUUGUUCCUCUUGCUGGAAGAACUGAGGCAUUUGCACAAUUCAUGCAAAACUUUAGGGAUGUGUGUAUUCAUCAGGAUAAGCGUGUUCACCUCACAGUUGUAUACUUUGGACAAGAUGGUCUAUCAGAAGUAAAAAGCAUCCUAGAAUCUGUAGCUAGAGAAACUGACUUCCACAAUUACACGCUUGUCUCUCUGAAUGAAGAAUUUAACCGAGGCCGAGGACUUGACAUGGGUGCCAGAGCCUGGGAAAAGGGCGAGGUCCUGAUGUUCUUCUGUGAUGUUGAUGUUUAUUUCACAGCCGAAUUCCUCAACAGCUGCCGCUUAAAUGCUGAGCCCGGGAAAAAAGUUUUCUAUCCUGUGGUAUUCAGCCUUUACAAUCCUGCUAUUGUCUAUGCCAAUCAAGAUAUACCACCUCCUGUGGAGCAGCAAUUGGUACACAAGAAGGAUUCUGGUUUCUGGAGGGAUUUUGGCUUUGGGAUGACUUGUCAAUAUCGGACAGACUUUCUGACUGUUGGGGGUUUUGACUUGGAGGUGAAAGGCUGGGGCGGCGAGGAUGUCCACCUGUACAGGAAGUACUUGCACGGGGAGCUGAUGGUGGUCAGGACGCCGGUGCCGGGGCUGUUCCACCUGUGGCACGAGAAGCACUGUGCGGACGAGCUGACGCCGGAGCAGUACCGCAUGUGCAUCCAGUCCAAGGCCAUGAACGAGGCAUCGCACUCGCACCUGGGCAUGCUGGUGUUCCGCGAGGAGAUCGAGGCGCACCUGCGCAAGCAGGCCUACAGGACUAACAGCGAGGCCACGCGCUGAGGGCCGCCCCGACUGCAGAUUCACACUGAACCAGCACCCUUCCACAGCCUUAAUCAGCUUACUAAUGCAGUGCCUCUCUUUUUCAGUGAAGAACAGUCUAGGGGGUUUUUGGUUCUCGUGUUUGUUUUCCCAGUAAUCCUUUGGCUGAUAGGCUCUCACGUAUCGUGUGAGUUCCACAACCUCAGCUAAGCUGGACAGCACAUGUAGAUCAAGGAAAGUGUCUGCAGUAUCAACUGGAAAAAUCUGUGGAAUGUACAAUUCAACACUUUUCCAUGUGGUACAUUUCUGUUCUUAUGUUUGCAUUCUUUUGAGAAUUAAAUGAAAUAAUCUUUCGUGUCUUGAGUAUUUUCAGUCUGUAUGGCUCACUGCACUGUGACUUUAGAAGGAUACUAUACUCCAUUGUAGAAACAAGGGAAAGGUGUGGAGAAAUAUCACCAUGAAAGGUAUAUGGACAUGCUGAUUCCACAGCAAGGGCUUGCUGCCACACUUGCUGUAUUAACAGACAUUGACAUGGUUGAAUAGAGAAUAAUUUAGGGGGGUGAGAAGGAAAAUCCUUUCAAGUGGAAUUUUAGAGCAUAUAAUGGAAGUUCACACUGCAAAGGAAAUGCCACCCUUUUAUUUCAGUGAUGGAUCAGACAAAUUGGGAACAUUCCAGCUGGGUGUUUCUGUGCCUGCUCUUUCCCUACAGUAGAUGCCAUAUCCCUUCUAUAAACUGAGCUGUGCUAUUAAACUUGUUUGCGUAAAUAUUUUUUUGGCCACACUCCUUCUUAUUCCAAGGCCCAGCCUAUGUAUCUCAUCCUUUAAGUUGAGGAACCACAUUUUCAUUCCCAUAUGAAUUUAUUAGAGGCCUGUUUGCUAUUAUGCCAAUGUUUUCUUGUGCAUUCUUUCUCUUUUGGGCAUUUUCCUGACAUGUUUUUGUAAGAUGUCAUAUAGUUGUUACAGUGACUGAAAAAGCAAGUGCUAUUACAGUCCUUCUUUAUACAAUGCUCUUCAUUACACUGAUCAUCCUAGCAGCCUUAUUCUUCACUUUUUCAGUUUGACGAUGUUUUAGGGUUUUGGUUCUUUUUCCUCUGGGUUUUUUUUUUGUUCUGUUUUGUUUGUUUUUUGUUGGGUUUUUUUCUUUGUUUUUUUGUUUUGUUUUGCUUAUUGGGUUUUUGGAGCAUGUUUAAGUGGAAUUAUGCUGUGCUCUCAUUAGUGCCUUGUACAAUGGCACUACUACUUUGGUACUUACCUUUUGGGUGUUUUGGGAUGCAUAAACAGUUCAAAUGCAGGCAGGUCAUUUUUCUCCAUGUUGUCUUAUAUGAUACCAUAUGGCAUGCCUCGUUUUUUAAUACAUUUGUUUAUAGAAUGAAUGCAGAAAAUGCUAAUUCAGUGGUUAAACCAUUUGCAUGGUUUCUGCUGAAUUUAGAUAUUAGUUGAAAACCUUUCUCAAACCAGGUAACUAAGAUCUGUAUGGAUUUAUUUUGCUCAAGAAUUCUGAAGAUUUAAAUGAUCGAUUUCUGACUAGCAGAUAUGCUGUGCAAAUAGUUCUGGGCACUGAUCCUUUUUUAUAUGUAUAUAAAAUGCGCCUUUAUGUAACUUAUUGUGGAGAACAGUGUACUGUAUUGUAUUUAGAGUGAAGAGAAUGCAUUGCAGGACUUCUUGCAAUUGAUAUUCUCAAUAUAAUAAAUGGAAUUUCUGCAU